GGCCUGUAUUCAUCUUCUGACUCGUUGCCACACAAAAAAAACACUUCUUUUAAACAGAUGCAAACUAGAAAGAUCACGUCUUUUUUUUUACCACGUCUUGUUCUUUCGAGAUGCUAAUAUAUUGCAAGGAUUUAAACUACAAAAUAAUGCUUGAUAUCUUGGUAAACUUUUUAUAAAUAAAUCACAGAAUGAUGAAGACGAUAUCAAAGAGCAAAGAGAUAACAGGUAAUUAACUGAUAUAAAGCUUUUAAUAAAUUUUUUGAAAUGUUCUGAUAAGUUGCAGUUUUAGGUAUCGGACGAGGAUUGCUAUAAUGUUGAUGCUAGCUGCUUUGAGUUUGUUUCUCGUUAGCACAGCCUUUAUGACUUUGCCAAUUGUGGUUGGAAGAGUAUUCUCUUACUCUAUCUCCUUCAUCCUGCGAAGAUUUGGAAUCACACAUGACGGUUUGUUCUAGUUUCUUGCUUUAUUUAGACCAGUUUCUUAUAUAUGCUUAUUAAAAUUUUGAACAUGUGUUUGUGGAGCAAUCUAUGUCAGAAUUUGCAUUUGAUCAUAUUCUGACGGGAAGAACUGAUUUGCAACUAAUAUUCACCUUCUGGACCAUUUCGGUAAGAGAAUCAUCAAAGAGAGUCGAUUUCUUUCGGAGCAACUAAUAUAUUUUGCUUAUUCUUAUAUAUGUUCCUAUAGACAUUGCUCACGCCUAUCAAGUGUUUCGCAACCAACGCAUGGCGAAGGAAGUUCAAGAGAAUCAAGAACGUGGGAAUCAAUAAGCUUCCUUCAAUGUGGAUGCUUCGAGAUGUGAUUGGCUCCAUCAUAAACACACUUCUAACCACACUAUCCAUCCCUUACGUGUUGGUGAAGUCUCUGUUACCGUUGCUUGGAUAUUCCCAAAGCUUCAAUGCAGUUAUUGAGCUGUUUAUCUGGCCAGCAUCAUUAGCCUUGAUUGUGGUUUGGUUCAUUACAAAGCUAUAACAUUUGAGAUUAUUAUCUACUUGCACCAGUUGAUAUUCAAUGAACUGUAUAUGCUGGGUGAAAGAGUGGGGGAUUUGACUGAAGAUCUCUAGAGCAGAAGGGAGAGUAUGAAAAACAAAACAAGAAUUCUUUUGUUGAUAGUCAAGUCAAAAUAUGUUAGCAAUGGUUAGGUUUCUAUUGCGGUAGAUGUUGUCUUAUUUUUGAAUGAGAUAUUUGUUAUCAAGCAGUGUAUUUAUUUAGCACUUUUUCUUGUUACAAAAAAAAUACUAUUUAUAUUUCAUAAAGAGUAUUACUUUCGCAUUUUUUUUGUUACAAAGACAAUGUCAUUUUAAUCAGUUGACAGAAAAAGAAGAAAAUGUCAUUUUAAAGUUUUCUAAUAUAGUUUAUAUAUUUUAAAAAUAUAAUCUUAAGUGUAAUAAUUUUAUUUAUUUUAAACACUAUUGGUUAAAUAAAAAUUACUAUUAAAAUAUAAAUAAAUUUUAAUCAUUUUUUUAAUUUGUAAGAAAAAUAUGAAAGUGACUUUUACGAAACAAGUGGAAUAUAAACAUAGAAAAUUAAUGUGGAUGAAAAAUAACUCAAAUUUAAUCGAACAUCAGCUUUGUUGGAUUAUUUUAAAAUAUCAGAUAUUAAAAAUUAAGUUGGAGUAUUGGUCUUGGUCACACAAAAUUGAUCUUUGUUAAAAGAAAAAAUUAAUUUAACCGUGGUAAUUGAUUCUUUGUCUGUAGCGAAAAUGAGAGGAAGCAACGUAGAAACUCUUUACUCAGGAAUCGUCAUUAGUCAAGUCAUCAGACCAAUAUUAGUAAAUUAUUUAUUUGAAAUUGUUUUAGUUAAUAAAUUUAAUUAUCACUUGGUUUUGGUCAUAUAUAUAUGCAUUUGCCGCUUGAGGGAAUGAAUACACGCAACGCAGGUGACGACGACUAGAACUAGAACUAGAACUAGCUUUGAUUCCCUAAAAUGGACGAGAGUUUCUCAGCGGAAGACGACGAAGACCAGUGCCGGAUUUGCCGAUCGCCGGAGGAGCCAGGAAACCCGCUACGGUAUCCGUGCUUGUGCCGAGGCUCGAUCAAGUUCGUUCACCAGGAUUGCCUUCGUACCUGGCUCAAUCGCCGCCGCAGAAACAACAAAUGCGAGGUGUGUGGGCGUAGCUACUGGUUUGUUCCCGUUUACUCCGAGAAUGCUCCGGAGAGGCUUCCUUGCGACGAGUUUCUGAUUGGAGUGUUAUCAAGAGCAGGACGCUACUUGAAGUUGAUUGUGGCUUGGAUUGUGGUGAUUCUCUUCAACGUAUUCUGCAUUGCCUUGCAUCCUUUGGGACAAGACUGUGUUGCUGGCUCCCAGAGAGUGUUCAUGUCUCGGAAGUUAGCUUUUUUGUGGGCUACCUUGCUCUACAGCACUGUCAUCGCUUCUUCUAUGCUGAUUCUCACUACUAUAAGGAUUCAAGUAGGAGAUCUCGGAGGAGGCCGGGGUGAUAGUUUUUUCGGGAAUGGAGGAGUUUUGCACUUGUUGUCCAAGUAUAUGAAGAUCCUUUGUGAUUGGUAUCUUCAUAAACUCAUACAUUUCUUGGGCCAACCUCCUCGGCUUAUCUUUCUUCCUCCUGAGGCGCCGCUUCAUGAGUUUGGGGUUAUCAGACGGGUGCUUUUCUUUCUGGAUGAUGAUGCCUUUGCUGUCCUUGCUAUCAGCGUAUAUGUUUCUACUCUCUUUAUUCUUCUGCCAUUUUGUAUUGGAUGGGUUGUAUUAGCAACUGUUGGUGGCAGCUAUUUGUCUGGAAACUCGCCUGUUAUUCUUGGAUACAUGAUGAUGCUGUCAAUCUGCUUUGCUUACUUUGGAAUCCUCUUCAUUCUCCAUCAAAACCCAUUUCCAGUCUUAGCUCGCUGGUUUUCUCUCGGGUUUCACUUCAUAACCGUGACAUUGCCAUGUCACCUGUUGGCUUUCUUAGCAAACAUAUUACUCAUCAAGGAUGCUUUUGUCUUGUUCUUCAAAUUUGGUGUUCUGCCUUGGAUUCUUGGACUCUCUUGCUUGAUAAUUGCUGUCUCUUACAUGAAACAUAUCCCCAAGAUCAUGCAUAAACGAGCCUAUUGGUAUCUUCUAGAUGUCACAGAUCCAGACUACAAGAUCACCAAACUGAAUCUUCGACACGUUUUCUUUGUGUUUGCCUCUCAUGGGGUAUUAUUGGUGAUUUUGUUUCGCUUACCAAUUAAAGCAAUUACACUUAUCAGCCCAUCGUUUUUCCCUCUUGAGUUAUGGGGCAGAAGUCCUUUUAUUGGUGUUGCAUACGCAAUUUAUGUCAACCUAAUGCAUGCCGGGCCCAAAUGGUUAAUCGAACUUACCAAACCAGCUAUCGCACUCUUAGUUCACAAGUGGAUUGUCACUGUUUGUUCUUGGCUUCUGCUGAGUGAUCUCUUGCUAGUAGUGCCCCGAGGAGAGGAGGACUUUCACUAUGCUGAUGAUAAACUAUUGUAUUCAUUAGCUGAAGGCUCUAUGGUCACUUUUUACAAAUCACAGAAUGAUGAAGACGAUAUCAAAGAGCAAAGAGAUAACAGGUAUAGGACGAGGAUUGCUAUAAUGUUGAUGCUAGCUGCUUUGACUUUGUUUCUCGUUAGCACAGCCUUUAUGGUUUUGCCAAUUGUGGUUGGAAGAGUGUUCUCUUACUCUAUCUCCUUCAUCUUGCGAAGAGUUGGAAUCAAACAUGACGAUAUUUGUGCUUUUUGGAUUGGAUGUUAUAUCCUACGAGCAAUCUAUGUCAGCAUUUGCUUUGCAUUUGAUCAUAUUUUGACGGGAAGAAGUGAUUUCCUUCUCAAAUAUAUCUUGAUACGAAUAACAAAUGCUCUUCUUUUCUCCAUAUGGAUCUCUAUCAUACCGGGGUUGCUUGGCGUACUUAUCGACCUUAUGAUCAUCAUCCCAUCACGAGUGCCACUUAAUGAAUCACCACUUUAUUUCUUGAUCCAAGAUUGGUUGAUAGGAGUAGUGGUGCUUCACCUCUGGACCUUUCUGACAAUGCUCACGCCUAUCAAGUGUUUCGCAACCAAGGCAUGGCGAAGGAAGUUUGAAAGAAUCAGGAGCGUGGGAAUCAAUAAGCUUCCUUCAAUGUGGCUGCUUCGAGAUGUGAUUGGCUCCAUCAUAAACACACUUCUAACCACACUAUCCAUCCCUUACGUGCUGGUGAAGUCUCUGUUACCGUUGCUUGGAUAUUCCCAAAGCUUCAAUGCAGCUACUGAGCGGUUUUUCUGGCCCGCAUCAUUAGCCUUGAUUGUGGUCUGGUUCGUGAUAAAGCUAACGCUUGAGAUCAUUAUCUACUUGCACCAGUUGAUCUUCAAUGAACGGUAUAUGGUGGGUGAAAGAGUAAGGGAUUUGACUGACGAUCUCUAGAGCAGGGGUAUCUCACAAACAAUGACUCUUUUGUUGAUAGAACGAGUCAAAAUAUGUUAAUUAUCUUUUACAUAUAAUCUGAACCACAUGGCAAGAUGUAUUUAUGUUAACGAAGAGGUAGUAGUAGCCAAACGUAGUUUACAUAUAGAUGUGUUUCUUAUUAUCUUAUAUCAAACGAUGCGAUCUUAUGUUCCUCUUGCUAGAUCCAGGAUUCAAAAUAAGCUCAUUAAUUCCUAUAAGAGAGCCUAACAAACUAGAAACCAAACAUAGAAAUUGAAAUAACUUAUAGCGCUUUAUUGUGCAAAGGAGUAAAGAAAAGAGGAAAAUUUAAAGUGUCACCAAGAACAAAGUGAUACUCCAACCUUGACAUUCCAUAAGAUAACAACAUCAAAACCAAUAUCAGAUGUUCAGAUGACAAAAUAAAAUAACCAGAUGCCAAGCAUAAUCUUCACCCGACAUUUUAAUGCAUGCUUUCCUCAAUAUCAUUGUGUAUUCAGAUUUCUUUAGUUUCAGAUAUUUUCUACGUUUUAAAUUAAAUAUAGUUCUAAAGAAACUUCUUUUCUUUUAAAAAAAAGCGUGACUACAAUGCAAUUUCCGUUCAGUUAUUUUUACCUCUACUUAAAUUAAUAAAAGAUUAAGUUCUGUUGAAUUUUAGAAGACAUAAACUAAAACAAAGCGUGAUGACUGCAAGUUUGCAAAUUUCGAGAGAGAAAAUAAUUGACACAAAAUAGCUUUUGUAACAAACUAAUUUUUGGAAAAAAAAAAAAUUAACAAUUCUCAU